AAGGUAUCAGACGUUGUUUCGACAUGAAGGCGAUCACACUGGUAGCGUUGGCGGGCCUUGUAGCUCUGGCUGCAGGUUACGUCGUAGUCCCGGAAGACAAAAUCAAGUACGCAGACAAGGAUUUCCUGGUGAAGCAGAAGCAACUGCUGGAGGUGUUCCAGCAUGUCCACCAGCACGAAGUUCACACCGAGCUGUGGGAAGUGUCGAAGGAGUACAAGAUCGAGGAUAACUAUGACCACUACACCAACCUUGAGGCCAUCCAAGAGUUUGUGAAGUUCUACAAGCACGGAAUGCUGCCGUUCGAUGAGAUCUUCAGCAUCUUCCACUACACCCACCGCGAGCAGGCCAUUGCUCUGUUCCACGUGUUCUACUACGCCAAGGACUGGGAAACCUUCUACAAGUCGGUCGUCUGGGCUCGCUUCCACGUGAACGAAGGCAUGUUCGUGUAUGCCGUCACCGUUGCCCUGCUGCAUCGCAAGGAUCUGGCCGGUCUUGAGCUGCCAUCCCCUUACGAAAUCUACCCGUACUACUUCUUCAACACUGAAGUCGUCCAGAAGGCCGCCCAAUUCAAGAUGCAAGGAUUCUACGGUAUGAAGAAGGUCGAUGAUGUCUACACCGCCGUCAUCCCAACCAACUACACUGGCUGGUAUGUGCACACCAACGUCGACCAGAAGGUGUCCUACUUCACCGAAGACAUUGGCCUGAACACCUACUACUACUACUUCCACGCUGACUAUCCAUUCUGGAUGGGCGGUAAGGAAUUUGGCCUGUACAAGGAUCGCCGUGGUGAGCUGUUCCUGUUCAAGCACCAACAGCUGCUCGCUCGCUACUACAUGGAACGUCUGUCCAACGAUAUCGGAACCAUCCCAGAGUUCUCCUGGUACAAACCCCUCCCCACUGGAUACUACCCGAACAUGCACUACUACAACGGAGUUUCUUUCCCAUCCCGUGACAACAACCACUUCGUGUACACCCCGGAGAACUACUACGACAUCGAUGAUCUGGUUGACUACGAGCACCGCAUCCGCGAGGUCAUCGAUCAGGGAUAUCUGAUUCUCCCAGACGGAAGCCAUGUCGAUCUGACCAAGCCCGAAUCCAUCGAAUACCUCGGAAACGUCAUCCAGGGCAAUCCGGAUAGUGUCAACACUCGUUACUACAAGUACGUCGGAGAAAUCGCCCGCAUCCUGUUGGGAGCUUCCGUCGAGCACUUCGAUGACCACAAGGUUAUCCCAAGCGUCCUGGAACACUACGAAACCUCGCUCCGCGAUCCGAUGUUCUACCAGCUGUACAAGCGCAUCAUCCACUGGUACUGGGAAUUCAAGGGCCAGCUGCCACACUACACCUACGACGAGCUGAACUUCCCCGGAGUCAAGGUUGAAUCCGUUGAAGUCGACAAACUGGUCACCUAUUUCGAUCGCUCCGAUGCCGACAUUACCAACGCCGUCGAUGUUGAGGUCUUCGACGAAGCCACCAUGAAGGGAUCUGACAUCAAGAAAUUCGGCAAAAUUGCUCACUACCAGGGAGAAGACUUCAUCAUCAAGGCCCGCCAGUGGCGUCUGAACCAUAUGCCGUUCACCUUCAAGCUGAACCUCCUGUCCGAGAAGGCUACCAAGGGUGUCGUCCGCGUCUACCUGGCACCAAAGUACGACCAGUUCGGACACGUCUACGGCGUCGAUGAGAAUCGUGAGAACUUCUACCUGCUGGAUACCUUCCCGUACGACUUCGUCGUUGGCAAGAACGUCAUCACCCGCGAUUCCACCCAGUUCUCGAUGUUCGUCCAGGACCGUACCCCGUACUACGAGCUGUACAAGUGGGUUAUGGAUGCCUACAACGGAGUGAAGAAGUUCCCUCUGGACAUGACCGAAGCGCACUGUGGAUUCCCGGCCCGUCUGAUGCUGCCCAAGGGCAAGAAGGGAGGCAUGCCAUUCCAGCUGUUCUUCAUCGUUUCGCCAUACCACGCCCCGAGCACACCCCAAUUCGAGGGAUACGACUACACGUUGAACUGUGGCGUCGGAUCCGGAGCUCGCUACGUUGACUCGCUGCCGUUCGGAUAUCCGUUCGACCGGCCGAUCGACGAGAAGACCUGGUUCACCCCGAACAUGUACUACUACGAUGCUAUGAUCUUCCACAAGAACGAGAAGGAGAUCAACGCCGUGCACUAAAUGUGACGGGUUGGAUUCGGUAGAA